CUACGUCUUCCUUUCUAUGGUUAACUUCGCCCAAGCAAAGCACAAACAAGCGAACAUGGCGGAAGAGCGACAGAGCUUGUUGGGAGAGAAUGACGGGGACAGAGAACCCGGCAAACCGAUGCCUGCCAUCUGCGACCCCAACCACCUACUGCACCGGGUGGUUGUCCUGGUCUUCAUGUGCUUCUUGGGAUUCGGAAGCUAUUUCUGCUACGAUAAUCCAGCUGCACUCCAAACUCAGGUCAUCCAGGAUUUGGGCCUGACCACUGCAAGCUUCAUGCAGCUGUAUGCCUGGUACUCCUGGCCUAAUGUUGUUCUUUGCUUCUUUGGGGGAUUUCUGCUUGACAGGGUCUUUGGUGUCAGGCUAGGAACCAUCAUCUUUUCUCUCUUUGUCUGCGUUGGGCAGGUGAUCUUUGCCACUGGAGCUUGGACGAAUCAAUUUUGGCUAAUGGAAGCUGGACGGUUUAUAUUUGGUAUUGGAGGAGAGUCUUUGGCAGUAGCCCAAAACACAUAUGCAGUGAACUGGUUCAAAGGCAAGGAGCUCAAUCUGGUGUUUGGCCUUCAGCUGAGCAUGGCUCGACUGGGCAGCACAGUGAACAUGAACAUAAUGGGAUGGGUGUAUAGCAAAGUUGCAGAUGAUUUUGGCUCUCCUGGACACACUGUGCUGGGUGCAUCACUUAUGAUAGCUGCUGUAACUUGUGUGUUUUCCCUAAUCUGUGCCUUGAUAUUGGGAUUCCUUGACAAAAGGGCAGAGAGGAUCCUCCACAAGGAACAAGAAGGAACAGGUGAAGUGAUCAAAAUCACAGAUGUGAAGGAUUUCUCUGCAGCCCUCUGGUUAAUCUUCAUCAUUUGUGUGGGCUACUACGUGGCAGUUUUCCCCUUUAUUGGACUGGGACAGGUGUUCUUCAUCGAAAAAUUCAGCUUCUCCCCAGCUGAAGCCAGAGCAGUCAACAGUAUUGUAUACAUCAUAUCAGCGCCUGCAUCUCCAGUUUUGGGGUUUAUUGUGGAUAAGACGGGGAGGAAUGUGUUUUGGGUAUUGAUUGCAGUGGCUGCAACACUUGCCGCUCACAUGAUGCUGGCCUUCACUUUCUGGAACCCAUGGAUUGCAAUGUCCCUGCUUGGUGUCUCAUACUCCUUAUUAGCCUGCGCACUUUGGCCCAUGGUGGCCUUUGUCGUCCCUGAGCAUCAACUUGGGACAGCCUACGGCUUUAUGCAGUCCAUUCAGAACCUGGGACUUGCUGUCAUUUCCAUAGCAGCGGGGGCUAUCCUCGACAGCAAAGGGUACCUGGUUUUGGAAGUGUUUUUUUGCGCCUGCGUUUGUGCUGCACUGAUAGCAGUAGUGUUGCUGUACUUUGUGGAUUAUCUGAAAGGAGGAGAUUUGAACCAGUCGGCCGCAGGCAGAGCCAAACUCCGGAAAGAAUCCAGUUCAGACUCAGAAUGAUGAUGAUGAUGAUGAUGAUGAGCGAACACACAUGGUCCUGGGCUUCAGAGGCAGCAGACUGCAAUGUCCACCCCUGAGCUUUCAAUCUGCUGCCAUGGGGCAGGACUGCAGUCCUGACUCCGCCCAGUGAUGUCAUAUGUGGUUCUUCACACCACCGCUGACUGUCUGGAUUUGGGACUGUUGCAUAAAUGGUUAAAUGCCAUUACAGGACACUGACAACUGACAAAUCCCGCUUACGCCACAGUUACUCUCUGACUUAUCAAAGUGACUUUAUUUCUACUCAUAUUCACUGACUUUUGUGUGCGUUGAGGUUCAACAUGAAGUAUCUUGAAAAUGUCUGAAAAUAUUUUAAUUAUCAAAAGAUAUUUGUAUGUAUGUACAGAGGGUUUUAUAUCCUUUAUAUUGCUGAUUAAGUUGUCCUUGAUUUUUAUCACAUUCUAUUGCAUCUCAUGAUAUGAUCAUGUUAUAAGAUUCCUUUAUUAAUUUAGCUGUUUAAUAUGUAAAAUGGGGUUUUAAUUUACAUGCUUUUUUUUAUUAUUAGUUUACUUUUACAGAUAUUUUUCACAACAGCUCUGUUUCUAGCCUUGUUGCAGAAAACUCUGCAGUGCAUUUAUGUACACACCAUUUGUCACAAUAAUUACUAACCAAAAUCUGCCUUAUUGGAUGUCUUGGGCACAGUGGGAUCAUAUUCACUUCUAAUCAUAUGCAUCAUUGACCUUUUAUGGUGGAUUAUCUCAAAAAGAGCAAAGCUCUUUAUUUAAGUCUUUACUGCCCGGUUCUCUUAUUUCUUACUUUCUUCAUUUUGCUCUUUUGCAAAGUUCAUAAAAGUUUAUUCUGUGUUCCCUCAUCAAAUGUUACAAUUACUUUAAGGAUCAUUUUUUAUAUAGAGCGAGAAAGGCGCACUGUUGAAUGCACUUACCCAUGUAAUGAUAUCCAGUUUCAACUUUUAUCAACUCUUCCAUUAAUGUGACCUUUUUAAAGAGUUGUUUCUGUGCAAAAAUUGUGUUUUGUCACUUAUCUUUUAUCAAGCUCAGGUAACUCUUUGUAAGCACUUCCCCAAAUUGUUACUUGCUUUAUCAUAAUGGUGCAACAAAAUAUUGGUGCUGAUUUCACCAAAAUAUUGGUGCAAUCAGCUUAACAUUUACCAUUCCAGUGAUGUGGAAGGAGACUAUGUUAAUAUCAGGGUUACAGACUGUGGAUGAUUUAACAUUCACUACCUCAGUUGGACAAAUGAGUCCCUAUUACAGUCUUAGCAAAACAUAUGACAUAUGUACUGUACAAAGAUGGUCAGUACCAUUACAUUGUGAUUGCAUAUUAAAAUGACUAUCAGAAAUGGGUUGCUGGGUCAGCUCGUUUGCACUGUGGUGUUGUGAAAGCACUGCAUUUGUUCAAGAAUAUUUGUAUUAAACUGUAACACGGUAACUGUCAUCAGUCUGUAUAUAAGAUGAUAUGAUUGAGAAAUUGAAGAAUGACUUUCAAUUAAAA